AUGCAUCGGUGCAUCUUUGGAACCGACAAGGGACAGCCUUGCGGAAGCAUCUCGUUUGAGGGCCACGCCGACUCUGUGAGAGCGGUUGGUUUGUUCAAGGAUGGCCUCUUAGCCGGAUAUGGUCUUUCUGGAAGCUUGGAUCAGCACCUUCUGCUUUGGAGACUGUCUGGGACCGCAGGGCUGGAGUGCAGAGCAGCGCUGCCAGGCGCUUGCCGCUGCCUUCGAAUCCUGGCAGAGGAUGGGCGUGACGCCCGCGUUCUUGCGACAGCCAACCUCAGCGUGGUGGAGCUGGCAGUCUCUGCGGAGGAGACAUCAGCCAGGGUGACGGUCCUGAAGCAGGUGGUAUGCCAGGUGCCUGGCGCCUCAUUGGCUGUCUUCUUGGAGGCGCCUUUGCGGGAAUGCCUGGAGAUGCGCAGAUGGCCAAAAAGCUUCCUGAGCGAGUCCAGCCUCCAGGUAGCUGUCGGCGGAGUGGACGGUGCGCUGGCCCUGAUUUGCGGCGGCAGCUGUCGUGCCAUGCAGCGGCUGACUUCCGAAGGGGACAUCAUCUCUGCCGUCAUGCCGAUAGCACGCCACAUCUUGACGGUGUGCCGCGACGGUACCCUUCGGAUGGUUCGCUGGAGCAGCUUAGCUGGCCUUGAGAAGCUUUGGGCGCGGUCCGGAUGGCGGAUGUACGUUUCCACCAUCGGCUGCCAAGGAGCCUGUCGACUUAUCUCAGAUGGCUUUGACAACCUCAUCCGGACUUUCACCCUGGAGAAAACGGUGGAAGCUGCCAUGGACUGGAGCGAUAGUGAGGACGAUGCAGAGAACGAGUGUGCAGAGAGCGAGGAGUCGUCGGAAGACUGA